AUGAUGAAGGAGAAAGACCUUGAAUCUCUUUCGAACCUCGGUGGUGUAAAGCAUAUUGCAUCGAAACUAAACAUCGAUGACACACUUGGUCUAAGUAGCAUUGACACUCGUGGUCUUAUGCUCCGUAAGGCCGUUUAUGGGUCCAAUGUUUACCAAAGAUCAUCAAAAAGAACCUUCAUUAGUUUCAUCAUUGAAGCUUUUAAAGAUACCACCAUCAUAAUACUCUGGUUAUGUGCAUGUUUCUCCUUAGGGUUUGGUAUCAAGCAACAUGGCCCUAAAGAAGGGUGGUAUGAUGGCGGUAGCAUCAUUAUUGCUAUUGUGCUUGUUGUUUCAGUGUCUGCAAUAAGCAACUUCAAGCAAAGUCGACAGUUUGACAAGUUCUCGAAAGACAGUAGCAACAUACCAGUUGAAGUGUUACGAGAUGGACAUCGCAAACAUAUAUCGAUUUUUGAAGUUGUUGCGAGUGAUAUCGUCUUUUUGAAGAUAGGUGAUCAAAUUCCAGCUGAUGGGUUAUUCUUGGAUGGUCACUCGCUGAAGUUGGAUGAAUCAAGCAUGACCGGAGAAAGUGAUCAUGUCGAAGUAAAUGAUCGGAAUAAUCCUUUCUUAUUCUCGGGUACAAAGGUCACAAACGGAUAUGGGAGGAUGCUGGUUACUUCAGUAGGGAUGAACACUGCAUGGGGUGAGAUGAUGAGUUCGAUAAAUACGAACUUAAAUGAAGAAACUCCAUUACAAAUGCGGCUCAAUAAGCUUACCUCAUGGAUAGGUAAAAUAGGGCUUCUUGUUGCAUCAUUAGUUCUUGUGGUGUUGUUUAUACGUUACUUCACAGGAACUACGAAAGAUGAACAUGGUAAUAGAGAAUUCAAUGGAAGAAAAACAAAAACAGAUGAUGUAAUGAACACAAUCAUUAACAUUGUUUCUGCAGCAGUUACCAUUGUAGUUGUAGCCAUUCCUGAAGGUCUUCCUUUAGCAGUGACUUUAACACUAGCAUAUUCCAUGAAGAAGAUGAUGGCGGAGAACGCCAUGGUAAGGAAACUCUCCGCUUGCGAGACUAUGGGGUCCGCCACAACCAUAUGUACUGAUAAAACUGGUACGCUUACCCUUAAUCAAAUGAGUGUCACUGAAUUCUGGCAAAGUAAAGAAAAGGUAAAUAACCCAGUUAGGUUACCAAGUAAUCUGCAUGAGUUGUUUCAACAAGCUGUUGUGUUAAACACUACAGGAAGGGUGUGUCAAUUACCUUCUGAACAAAUUCCCGAGAUAUCUGGUAGUCCCACCGAGAAAGCGAUACUACAUUGGGCCGUUUUUGAUUUGGAGAUGGGGGUGGAGAUGGAUGAACUCGUUAGUGGUUUCGAGAUUUUGAAAGUUGAGACAUUCAAUUCGGAGAAGAAGUGUAGUGGGGUUAUGGCUCGGAAGAAGAAUGACAAAAAGGUGCAAGUACACUGGAAGGGAGCAGCAGAAAUGAUACUAUCCCGGUGUUCAAACUAUUAUGACAAGAGAGGGGUAGUUACGAGUUUGAAGGACGAAGAUAUGAAAUACAAGGAAAUAAUCCAAAACAUGGCAGCCAAAAGCCUAAGAUGCAUUGCUUUUGCCCACAAACAAGUAGAGGAAGAUAGUUCCUUGAAUCAACUUCAUGAAAAUGAGCUCACCUUAUUGGGCAUAGUAGGGUUGAAGGACCCAUGUCGAAAUGGUGUUGAAAAAGCAAUAGCUACAUGCAGGAAAGCAGGAGUUAGUGUCAAAAUGAUCACGGGGGACAACAUUUUUACAGCGAAAGCCAUUGCUCGAGAAUGUAGAAUCCUUCAACUAGAAGAUCAACUAUAUGAAGAAGCUGUCAUAGAAGGUAUAGUAUUUCGAAACUACUCCCACGAACAAAGAAUGGAAAAAAUAGAUAACAUUCGAGUAAUGGCAAGAUCUUCCCCAUUGGACAAACUUCUCAUGGUACAAUGCUUGAAGAAGAAAGGCCAUGUUGUGGCGGUAACAGGUGAUGGUACCAAUGAUGCUCCUGCUCUAAAAGAAGCGGACAUUGGGUUAUCAAUGGGUAUCCAAGGCACCGAAGUUGCUAAAGAGAGCUCUGAUAUAGUCAUCCUAGAUGACAACUUCGCUUCCAUUGUUACUAUCUUAAAGUGGGGUAGAUGUGUGUACAACAACAUUCAAAAGUUCAUUCAAUUCCAGCUAACAGUAAAUAUGGCUGCCCUGGUUAUCAACUUUGUAGCUGCAGUUUCUUCAGGAAUCGUUCCUCUUAACGCAGUCCAACUCUUAUGGGUGAACUUGAUCAUGGAUACCUUAGGAGCAUUAGCUCUGGCUACUGAGGAACCAACGGACGAUCUUAUGAAGAAAACCCCAGUAGGAAGAACCGAGCCACUUAUAAGCAAAAUCAUGUGGAGAAACCUCACGGCACAAGCACUUUAUCAAAUAACAAUCCUGCUAACCCUACAGUUUAAGGGCAAGUCUAUUUUCGGAGUAGAGGAGAGGACGAAGAACACGAUCAUUUUCAAUUGUUUUGUGCUAUGCCAAGUAUUCAAUGAGUUCAAUGCCAGAAAGCUAGAGAAGAAGAACAUAUUUGAAGGCAUUCUAAAAAACAAGUUGUUUUUGGGGAUAGUUGGAAUUACUAUUAUUCUCCAAGUAGCCAUGGUGGAAUUUCUGAAGAAAUUUGCAGGUACCGAGAGAUUGAACUGGGGUCAAUGGAGCAUAUGCAUCGCACUUGCUGCUGUCAGUUGGCCCAUUGGCUGGGUUAUAAAACACUUUCCGAUCUCGUAGCCCGUAGUUUGGAGUCCCGCAUGAAACAAGAAACAAGGAACAAGUCAUAGCUUAUAAGUCAUAUUAUGAUGUCCAAGUCUUUGUCAAUGGCAUUUGGAGUCUUUUUUUAAUACUAGUCAAUAUUUAUUAUUCAAUAUGAUGCUGAAGAAUAGUACAUAGAAAGAAUUAAUAUGCCCUAUUUUAACUUUACCAAGUGUAACUAAAAGACAACUAUUAUAUCUACCACACUAAAGUAAGUACGCAAUGCAUACUACAAACAUCAUUAUCAUUGUUGUUCACUAAGAUGGUUUAUGAUGCACAUGAACACAGAAUUUCUUGUGUAAUCAAGAUCCUACAGCCAGAAUUCCAGAGUAACCACUAUAAAAAUCAUUCUACCUCAAGAAGUCGUGUUACAUAUAAUAAUUGAUACCUUAAUUCGAAUGAAGAAAUAAAUUCAUGAAAAAUAAACAAAGACUAAUAAAUAACAUUGCCUGUAUUGAAAACCAAAAUUGCACAACA